AUGAGGAUGACCAACAUGGUUGAAACGACGUCGACUUCGAACACCUCGGGGCUCCACGUUCAUCGAAACUCACUCUUUCAUAUGAGUUUCCAUUGGGGUCAUAAAUCCGAAAUCCUCUUCUCCGGUUGGCCCGGUUGCAGCUCCGGCAUGUAUGCUCUGGCCUUGAUCUUCGUAUUUGUGUUGGCAAUGAUCGUGGAAUGGCUCUCUUAUUGCAACAUCAUCAAGCCCGGGGCAAAUAAAGUCGCCGCCGGAUUCUUUCAGACGGCCAUGCACACAGCACGAGCAGGGUUGAGCUAUAUGGUGAUGCUGGCUGUCAUGUCGUUUAACGGCGGUGUUUUCCUCGCUGCCGUUUUUGGACAUGCGAUUGGGUUCUUGGUUUUCGGGAGUAAGGCUUUUAGAAAGUCGGGUGGAGCUAAGAAAAUGCCCAACCUUCCUCCAAGGAAGUAA